AAGGUUGGGAAUCUUACAUUCCCAUGGGAAAGAUGAAUGUAACUUCCCACUUCUCCCACAAUUUAUCAUUUUUACCUUUAUUUUUAAGUUUUUUUAAUUUUUAAAUUAAGAAAAUUUUAAAAUGUUCCCAGGAAUACAAAAUACUUACCAAACACAUUUAUAAAAUUUACCCAGAAAUAACAUACCCGGUAAUCAUAUUCCUGGGAAUGUUAUUCCCGGGAAUGUGAUCUCAAACCUUGAAACAAACGCCCCCUUAAAAAUUGAACCCAUGGAGUCUAUACAUAUUUAAGAACUACGUUUAAAUCCUAUAACAUACUCCCAAUUGUGCUUAUGCUUCCAUUGCCGGCUCCUUAAGUUACGUAUUUUUAUAUUAAAACACAUUAAUUCUUGCGACUAUUAGUGUAAGAGAACUAGAGAAGGUUUAAAAAUUAAAUCAAUGGAAUCUCUAUACCAGUAUACCUAUUAAAGACUACGUUUGAAUCCUAAAGCAUAUAUAGAAAUUAUUGAUAAUGUCGUGCAAUUUUUUUUAAAAUGCAUUUUAUUUGAAUUCAUGUAACUCAUAUUGUAGAAAUGGAGAACAUGCGACGUGUGCAACGAAAGCCCGAAAAUGCUUCCUGAAGUGCUAUGUGAAAAUUAGUAUACUAUUGAUAAGGGGUUGUCUAAAUGACCCAUGGUAAUAUUUGGGUUAAAUAACAUAUACCUGUUUAAAUAUAUCAAUAAAGGGCCUGAUAGAGUGAAUGUUAAAAUAUCUUCGAAUGGUCAUAAUUCUUCCAAAGAUCAAGUUGAAGAUGAGAUUAAGCAAUACUAUGAUUGCAGGUAAUUACAUAAGUUUUAAGUCUAAUUCAGUUUUUUUUUCUUUUUUUUUUCUUUAUUGAAAGAUUUUAAUUUGUUUGUUUUUUAUUGUUUCAGGUAUAUAACUCCAUGUGAAGCAGCAUGGAGGUCUUUUAAAUUUGAUAUUCAUGACAGGUGGCCUGCAGUUUUGCGUUUAGGAUUCCAUCUUCCAAACCAACAAUCUGUUCUAUUUGACGAUGAUGACGACUUGGAAAAUGUGAUUGAAAAAUGCUCAAGCAAGGAGACCCAAUUUUUGGCUUGGAUGACUGCUAAUAAAAAAUACACAGAGGGAAAGAACUUGACAUACGCUGAAUUUCCUUCCAAGUUUGUCUAUAAGAAAAGUUCUCAAGAAUGGGUUCCAAGAAAAAGAGGUCUCUCUCUAGGCCGCCUUCAAUAUAUAGCUCCUGGUUUGGGAGAAGUUUAUUAUAUGAGAGUUCUGUUGACAGUGCAAAGAGGAUGUGAAAGUUUUGAAAGCAUAAGGACAGUGAAAGGAGUUGUUUAUCCCACAUUCCACGAUGCUUGCGAAGCUUUAGGUUUCAUGGAAGAUGACCGAGAAUAUAUAGAUGGGAUAAAAGAUGUCAGUUUUUUCGGCACUGGAGUUCAUUUGAGGAAGUUGUUUGUUAGAUUGUUGAGCUCAAACAAUUUCAGCCGUCCAAAACAUGUAUGGGAACAAACAUGGAGACUAUUGAGUGAUGGAAUUCUAUAUGACAGAAGAAAGGAGCUUAACAUUCCAGGGCUUCAAAUUAGUGAUGACGACCUAAUGAACUUAUGCCUCAUUGAAAUCGAGAAGUUGUUAUAUAACAAUGGAAGGUCCUUGAGAGAAUAUCCGACUCUUCCAUUUCCAAGAUUUGCUGAAGGUCUCAAUUUUGGAAACAAAUUUGUUAUUGACGAGCUUAAUUACAAUAAGGAGGAAAUGUCCAAAGCCCAUGAAGAGCUGGUCAGUCGUCUCACAGAAGAGCAAAAUGAUGUAUACACUCAGGUAUUGAAUUCUGUGUUGUCUAAUAAUGGGGGAUUCUUUUUUCUUUAUGGUUUUGGAGGAACAGGAAAAACAUUCCUGUGGAAGACUUUAUCUGCUGCUCUACGUUCCAAAGGACUGAUUGUUUUAAAUGUAGCAUCAAGUGGCAUAGCUUCAUUGUUAUUACCUGGAGGGAGUACAGCUCAUUCUAGAUUCGCUAUUCCUAUUUCUAUCAAGGAGUUGUCAACGUGUAACAUUCGUCAAGGAUCCCACAAAGCUGAGCUACUUCAGAAAGCAAGUUUAAUCAUAUGGGAUGAAGCUCCUAUGUUAAGUAAGCUUUGUUUUGAAGCUUUAGACCGAACCUUGAAUGACAUAAUGAAAACUGAAGCAACCUAUGGUUAUGAGAAACCAUUUGGUGGAAAAGUAGUGGUGUUGGGUGGAGACUUUAGACAAAUUCUUCCUGUCAUAUCAAAAGGUAGUCGUUUUGAAAUUGUAAGUUCUGCUAUCAACUCUUCUUAUUUAUGGAAGUUUUGCAAAGUAUUCAAGUUAACCACCAACAUGAGAUUACAAAAUGCAUCUUCCUCUGCUUCUGCUGAAGAAAUUAAGGAAUUUGCUGAAUGGAUUCUUCAAGUGGGGGAUGGAAAAGCAAAGACAAUUGAUGAUGAAGAAUCAAUAAUUGAAAUUCCACAAGAUUUAUUGAUUGGUCAAUGUGCUGAUCCGCUACUUUCUUUAGUUAAUUUUGCUUAUCCGAACUUUGUGGCUAAUCUGAAAAACUAUUCCUUCUUUGAAGAAAGGGCAAUACUAGCUCCUACUCUUGACAGUGUAGAACACAUCAAUAACUACAUGAUGUCAAUGAUCCCUGGAGAGGAGAGAGAGUACUUGAGUUAUGAUACGCCAUGUAGAUCUGAUGAAGAUUCAGAGAUUGAUGCAGAAUGGUUCACUUCAGAAUUCUUGAAUGAUGUAAAGUGCUCUGGGAUUCCAAACCAUAGACUUAUAUUGAAAGUUGGAGUUCCUAUAAUGCUUCUUCGGAAUAUAGAUCCGUCUGCUGGAUUAUGUAAUGGAACUCGACUGAUUGUGACGGAUUUGACUGAUCACAUCAUAGUAGCUUCUUUGUUAACAGGUUCAACUUCUUCAGAUUCAGCGGAAAAAGUUUACAUUGCCAGGAUGUCAUUAACACCUUCUGACUCCGGACUUCCUUUCAAAUUCCAACGAAGGCAAUUUCCAAUAACUACAAGUUUCGCAAUGACCAUAAACAAAAGUCAAGGCCAGUCAUUAUCUCAUGUGGGAUUGUAUCUACCUAGACCAGUGUUUACACACGGACAACUCUAUGUUGCUCUCUCAAGAGUGAAGUCUAGAAAAGGAUUAAAAAUCCUUAUUAUUGAUAGCGAAGGAGUUGUCUCAAACUGUACACGGAAUGUUGUAUAUGAAGAGGUCUUCAAUAACAUUUGA